AUGGCUACUCCUCCUGUACUCGCUUUUGAUGCUGAGGGCCGCCCGGUGAAGUUUGACACCUGGCUCGAUGACCUGCACCUCUACCUACAGCUCACUGCCAAGGAAGAUAUUUCACUGUACGAUCACGCCCUAGGCCACGCUACUGCACCUCCUACUACUGCUGACAGCACUCAGCGCUCACAGUGGCAGACUCGUGACGCUCACGCUCGCUUUGCCAUUCGCAACUCCCUGCCGCUAGAUGAGCGCGAGCACUUUGGCCAGCACAAGACUGCUAAGGAGCUGUACACUGCUGUAGUUGCUCGUUACUCCUCGCCUGCUUCUGCCGCACUAGGCCGCCUCUCCCUCCCCUACCUGUUCCCCGACCUGGCCUCCUUCCACACCGUUGCUGACCUCAUCACCCACCUCAAGACUAGUGAGGCCCGCUUCCGCGCAACUAUGCCUGCCGAGUUCCUAGCUAACAACCCCCCCCCGCUCUGGCUCGUUCUCUACCACCUAGUCACCCGCCUCCCUGACUCUCUGCGCGCAGUCAGGGAUCACUUUCUAGCUCGCUGCCCCACUGAGCUCACCAUUGCCCUCCUCGAGAAGGAGCUACUUGCAGCCGAGGCGAGUGUCGUCGCUGUAGGUGCCUCUCGUGGUGACCCCCGCACUCCUUUCUUUGAGGGGUGUUCCCCUUCCCCCCUCCUUCCCUCUGUCGCCUCUGCUUCUGCUGUCGACCUUCUUGGUGCUGAGAAGGUCGGGACCGCGUCUGCUUCGAGCGGGCGCCGCAGGACGAAGGGGGGCAAGGGUGGAGGUGGCGGCGGGGGCGGUAGGGGUGGAGGCGGUGGGGGUGGAGGAGGGGCUGGAGAGGCUAGUGGCGGCAGUGGGGGUGGUGACGGCAGCGGCGGGGGCGGUGGCAGGGGCGGGGGCGGCGGUGGGGGCGGAGGUGGUCGUGGCAGCGGCAGGGGAGGCGGUGGUCGCGGAGGUGGCGGCAGUGGUGGUGGCCGUGGAGGCGCUGGCGGUGGUCUGAGCCAGCAGCACACUCCGUCGCUCCAGGAGGCCCGUGAGUGGUAUGCCCAGCGUCUUAGCUGCACGUAUGUCAUCCGCACUGGUGACCGCACUGGUCAGCAGUGUGGGAGGCCGCACCCCACGCAGCGCUGUUUCGCGCGCCUUACCGACGCUUGGCGCACCCAGUUCCCUGAUGGCGCUGAGCUGCCCCGCUGGGCUGAUCUGGAGAGGAAGGGGGUUGAUAUCUGGGCUCUAGACUUUGAUGCUAUUCUCACUGCCAUGUAUGCCAUGUUUACUAGUGGAGAGGGUGCUCAGUACUUGUGUGUUCCGCCCGACCCGGGCAUUCUGACCAGUGAGACUGCCGCUCCAGGUGCUAGUGAGACUGCCGCUGCAGGUACUUGCGUGUCUGCUCCCUCAGGUGAUGGUGAGGCUGUCGCUCUAGGUGCUCGUGCGUCUGUCCCCCCUGGUACUGAGUCGACUGAGGCACUGCACACCUUCACCCUGGACUCAGGUGCUUCACGCUGUUUCUUUCGUGACCGCACUGUCCUUGAGCCACUUGCUCGGCCAGUUGCUGUCUCCCUCGCUGACCCCUCUGGGGGUCCGGUCAUUGCGACCUCCUCCACUGUGUCGAAAUAA